UCGAGAAGGGAUUAAAGGAGAAUUUAGUGUCACUGAGCUGUGACUGCUGAAGAGGGAACUCAAGUGUUCGGGUCACUGUAUGAACAGGAUGGUCUCCGUACAGAGCUGCACCAGGAGGAAUAUGCCUGGUUCUCCUCCUGCUUUAACGGGUUUUGGGAGUUCGGGAAAGAGUUUUCUCAUUGACAAUCUGCUGCAGGCGUCCUCGGCCAAGUCUCAUUCAGCCCACCUGAAACUAGCAGUUUAUGAGCAUCCAAGAAGAACCUGGGGCCUUGAGCAUGGAGCCUACCACAGCCAGGCCCAGAGUCCCCAGCAGAUGAAAGACUUGGGAGGACUCCUUCUGCCACACUCAGGUGUGCUCAGCAGUGUUUUCCUACGGAGCCCACAGUAUCUGCUGGCGUGCUGCGGUGGGUCCAGCCCCCCUCCUGUUUUCUCCAAGGGAGCAAAUCUUCGGAUGUGGUCUGCGGAAGGAAGCCCUAAAGUUCGCAGAGGGAUCCUCAGGAGGGCCGUGUUCUCAGAGGAACAACGUAAAGAGCUGGAGAGAACUUUUCGGAGACAAAAAUAUAUCAGCAAGACAGACCGGAACAAACUGGCGGCUGAUCUCAGACUCAAAGAGUCACAGGUGAAGAUCUGGUUCCAGAACCGCCGAAUGAAGUGGAGAAACUGUAAAGAGAAGGAGGUUCAUAACACCCGUUCCCCGAUGGAUGAGCUCAUGGCUCAGGGUCUCGGAGAAGAGGAGGAACAACCAUCACAGAAUCACGCUGAUCCAAAAACACGAAAAGCACCGCCACAUAAGAGUGCCAUAGACACAUGAGAGGCUGUAAUGAGUGGGAAAUAAUCUAGUGACUGUCUUACUUCCACAAGACUCAAAAAAUGAGCUGUGAAGUGCUGGGAAGUGCUGGGAGGC